AUGUCUCAGCCAAAGCUCUUCACACCCAUCAAGGUCGGCGACGCGACGCUACAGCACCGUGUUGUGAUGGCUCCGCUGACGCGUGUCCGCGCGACCAAAGCGCACGUCCCGACGCCGCUCAUGGCCGAGUACUACGCACAGCGCGCCAGCACGCCCGGCACACUCAUUGUUAGCGAGGGGACCUUCAUUGCCCCGCAGGCAGGCGGACAUCGACACGUCCCCGGCAUCUGGAACGACGAGCAAGUUGCCGGUUGGAAGCGUGUUACGGACGCCGUCCAUGCUCAGGGGUCUUACAUCUAUAUGCAGCUGUGGGCCCUCGGGCGGGCAGCCAGUCCAGAAGUCCUCCAGGAGGAAGGCAGAUAUCCAUAUGUCUCUGCGUCCGACGUGCAGUUGUCAGGAAAGCCUUUCCCACCGCGUCCUUCUACGAAGGAAGAAACCAAAGAGUACAUCGAACUCUACGGUGCAGCAGCGAAGAACGCUAUCCGCGCAGGUUUUGAUGGCGUCGAGCUGCACGGUGCAAACGGCUACCUGAUCGACCAGUUUAUUCAAGAUGUUACAAACACGCGCACAGACGAGUACGGUGGCUCGGUGGAAAACCGAGCGCGGUUCGCACUCGACGCGCUCGACACAGCUGUCAAGGCGAUCGGUGAAAGCAAGGUUGGCAUUCGGCUCAGUCCAUGGGGCACGUUCAACGGUAUGCGUAUGGCAGACCCGAAACCCGGUUUCAGCCACCUUGUGUCGGAAAUAGCGAGAAGGUGGUCAUCGUUGGCAUAUAUUCAUCUGGUUGAGCCCCGUGUAGAUGGCAGCGACGACAGAGAAGUCCAGGAAGGGGAGUCAAAUGACUUCCUGAGGGAGAUCUGGGGCCAACGACCGUUCAUCAGCGCUGGUGGCUAUAAUCGCGAACUUGCCUUCAAGGUCGCCGAGACGAAGGGUGACUUAAUCGGCGUCGGUAGACUGUUUAUCUCGCACCCCGACCUGCCAGUGCUGUGGCAGAAGGAUAUCCCUGUUGAAAAAGGCAGCCGUUCAACAUACUACACACAUGAGAGCCCCCAGGGAUACACCGAUUACCCUUUCGCCGACGGUUCGGUUGCUCCUGAGCGGUUCAAGAAGCUCCCUAACUGA